AGUUCCUGAAACGUUGAAUUUUGGAAUUGUCGGCCGGGGGGGCAUGAAUCUGUACGGAUAGCUGUUUCUUCCUCCCGUCCAAAUUCUCACCCCUUGUGUCGUUCUGAGCCCCGCCGGCCGCCGGCUAAUCCCUUGAUACAUAAAAUCCCUCGCUUCCUCUCCAGAGCUGUACGCCCUCAUCGGCGUCUCGCUUACAUCGAUCUACCUUUCAUCUUAUUGACCUCCUUCCCCCCGCGAUUGAAUUCGAAAUGAUAGAUCGGCGGGGCCCUGAGUUCCGUUGCCGAUCCAUGCCAUUCAUGAAGGAUCCGUAGCGAACGAGGGCUUUUUGGAGUUCCACGGCUUGAUUUUGCAUCGUCUUUCUCUCUGUGAGAGAAUGCCGGCGACGGGGUUCUCUUCGAAGCCGGAGAAGAAGGGGGAUGCUGCGGCGAAGCAACAGCAGCAGCGGAGAGAUCCCUAUGAAGUUCUUGGCGUCGCUCGUAACUCCACGGAUCAGGAGAUCAAAAGCUCAUAUCGGCGAAUGGCCCUCAAUUGCUUUACUUUGAGCAGGAAGUUAACGGCGGGCUCAGCCUUGCAUUACAGGAAGACAGUAGAAAAACUGGAAAGAUGUCCUCCGCUGGCAUGUUUUUUCUUUGUUUUCCAGUUUACCGGUUUGAUCAGACUAAAUCUAUGGCAGUUGUUAAGGAUCCCGAUGCUGCCUUUUUCAGAAAAUUAGAUGGAUUUCAGCCUUGUGAAAUAAAUGAACUGAAAGCUGGGAGGCAUAUCUUUGCUGUUUAUGGUGACAAUUUUUUCAAGAGUGCUACUUACACCAUAGAGGUUUUAUGUGGGGAAGCCUUUUCCACCGAGAAGGAAAAACUUCGGGAUGUGGAAGCUAAGAUAUUAGCCAAAAGAUUAGAACUGUCUAAGUUUGAGAGUGAAUAUCGAGAGGUUUUGGCACAGUUUACUGAUAUGACAAAAAGAUAUGCACAUGAAGCCGAGGAAAUAGACGGGCUUCUAAAAAAAAGAAACACGGUUCAUGCUUCUUACUCCACCAAUCCUCCUCUAUCGUGGAGCUCCAGUAGCAGCAAGGUAAGAUCUUCCUUCAAGGGAUCUAUGGCAGAAGAAAAUCCAGCGAAGGAGAAGAAGUCAAGAGAUCGUCCAAGAAAGAAGAAAUGGUUCAAACUCCACCUGAAAGUCGACAAGCAGAAACCAUGCUGAAGGUAUAGUAAUGUUUCCAUCAUUCAUGACCUGUAAUUUUCACUCCAUCUGCCUUCUUUCCCUGCAAUGUUCUUGUCAAAUAUUUGUUAAAGUUUUCUACAGCAGCAGCAGCAGCACCCUGUAGAGGCACCAUUUUUUCUUUAUUUACUUCCUAGUUUCCCUCAUGACAUUAUUUUGUGCAAAAGGUUCUGCAACUUUUUUAAGGCAUCGGAUCGGUGGUUUCUGCUUGGGCUGACAAUUUCCUGUUUUUGUUAUUAUUUAGCCAUAGGCAUAUCAUCAUCAGCUUUAUCAUAACCGUCAGAGAUUACAAGUUAAUUAGGGAAUGUGCUAUUUAUAUGCUCAUGUUAAGAAAUGUGAUGUACAGAGAGGAUCAUGUUUCAGUUAAUUAUUACUAGCUGUUUCCAGAUUCCUUCCUCAAACCAGUCUUCAGGAACUCUGCUCGCUUUAAGAGUUAUAUUUACCAUUUUUUUUAUUUUAAUUAAGCAACAAUAUGAUGUUGAGAAUAACUUUUGAGAUAUGUACCACUUAAAUUAGCUGAAAUUCACUCCUUA